AUGGAAGAUAUGGAGUAUAGGUACUAUGGGGAGAUGAAAAAUGGCAUCAGGAAGGUCAAGAUCUCAGAGUCUCUCUACAGAUGUCCCUUCUGCUACAGAGAUCGGAAGCGCGAUUACGGGUUUCAAGAUUUGCUUCGUCAUGCUUCUAACAAUGGACGUAGCUCUUAUAAUAAGGAUGGGAGAGAUAACGCUAGACAUCUCGCGCUGGAGCGAUAUAUGAAGAAGUAUCUCCGCCCUCUGGAAAGAAAAGAUCCUGUUGCAGCGGUUGAAUUGAAAGGCGUCGAGAAAUCGAGUUCACCAUGUGUUGUUAAAGCUGAACCAAUGUCUGUUUCAGGAGAUGAUCAUGGAAGAAGUGAUAAAGAAAGACCAAUGUUUUCUCCUAAACCCAACUCCUCUUUAAGCAACGAAGACAAAGCAUACCCUGCAAAAAGAGUUUGCCUCUCUGCUGGUGAUAAAGAAAGAGAAGAAUCUGUCCAACAGAUUGCUCCAAACUAUCCUCAUAGGCAUGAUUCUUUGGGUUCUGGUAAUGGAGAUCCGAUGUUUGUGUAUCCCUGGAAAGGGAUCUUGGCGAACCUUAAAAGAACUUAUAAUGAAAAAAAAAGGAAGUUUGCUGGUGAGAGUGGAACCAAGAUGAAGGAAGAAUUGAUCAGCAAAGGGUUUAAUCCCCACAAAGUCGAGCCACUGUGGAAUUACCGAAUUGGUUUUACUGGUUUUGCUAUUGUUCACUUUGGUAAAGAAUGGGAAGCAUUCAGAAACGUGACUAUGUUUGAGAAACAUUUUGAAGUCAAACAGUGUGGGAAGAGAGACUAUGAUGCAGCACGUGAUCGAGGCGAUGAAAUUUAUGGGUGGGUAGCCAAAAAGGAGGAUUAUUGUUCGAGAACCGUUAUUGGUGACCACCUUCGAAGUAAAGGGGACUUGGUCACUGUUUCCGGGAAAGAAGCAGAAGAACAAAGGAAAGCAUUGACGCUUGUCUCAAACCUGGAAAACACACUGGAGACGAAAAGCUCUAGCCUUCAACAAAUGGAGAGCAAAUACAAAGAAACCAGUACGGUGUUUGAGAAAAGAUUGAGAGAGAAGGAUGAAAUGAUCAACACACAUAAUGAAAAAAUGAGUAGUAUGCAGCAAACAGCUCGUGAUUAUUUGGCCGGUAUAUACAAAGAACAUGAAAAGGCCUCUCUGAGUCUGGAAGCUGAAAGGAAAUAUUUUGAAGAGCGGGAGACUUAUCUAGAUAAGUGUCAAACACAAAAUAAGACUGAGCGAAGAAAGCUUCAAUGGCAAAAACAGAAGAACUUAAUGGCUACUGAAGAGCAAAACAAAGCUGACAAAGAAAUAGCGGACUUGGCAAAAAAGCAUCAGACAGAGAAAGAUGAGUUACGUAAGAAAGUCCGUGAGCUGGAGGACCAAGUCGAAGCUGGGCAGGCAUUGGAGCUGGAGAUAGAGCGCAUGAGGGGUGACCUGCAGGUUAUGGGACACAUGCAGGAAGGGGAAGAUCCAUAUAUAAAAGAAAAGAUAGAAAAGACCAAGGAAGAGCUGAAGGCAAAAGAAGAGGAUUAUGAAUACCAACAGUCGAUCUAUAAUAACCUUGUUGUAAGGCAUGGCUACACUAACGAUGAGCUUCAGGAUGCGCGCAAGGCUUUGAUUAAAUCAAUGCAAGAGUUGUCCAUUCGUGGUAAGAUCGGUGUGAAGAGAAUGGGAGAGUUGGAUGAGAAACCAUUCCAAAAAGUAGCUAAAGAGAAAUAUUCAGCAGAAGAAGCUGAUGAAAAAGCCGCAGAGCUUUGCUCCUUGUGGGAUGACCACUUGAGAGACUCGGCUUGGCAUCCGAUCAAGGUCAUCGAGGAAGACGGAAACCACAAGGAGGUACUAAACGAAGAAGAUGAGAAGCUGCAAGAACUGAGGAAAGAGUUGGGUGAAGAAGUUUUUGAAGCUGUGACACUAGCGCUGCGAGAAAGGAACGAGUACAAUGGAAGCGGAAGGUACAUAGUGCCUGAGUUCUGGAAUUUCGAAGAAGGAAGAAAAGCGACUCUCAAAGAAGGAGUGGUUUAUUUGCUCAAAUUGUGGAAACAGAAGAAACCCAAGCCAAAGCGUAGAUGA